GGGAAAUCCGCAGUGGCACUCGUUCCACUAGAAUGUCUAGCUGAGUACGUGCUGUUGUGGAAAAGUCAGAUGGUUAUCGCAAUGUCUAGGCUGGCGUGGGUGUUUGUCUUUAACAUACUUGGACCUCGGAUUUCGUUGCUGUUGUCCAUUUUCAGCGGCAUCGUAGACAGUGGAGCACUCCUGGCAAGCUACAAGAGAGACCCCCACCACCUUUAUAUUGCCGGAUAUACAAUGAUUCUAACCUAUCCGUGCGAGCAGCAAAAGGCACGGGUGCUGGCGGCUUCUCCUGAUCACAUUUUGUAUAUUUAGGGCACUCGGCGACGUUAUCUACAAAGGGGGGGGGGAGCAUAGACAGCGAAACUACCAUAUUGCAAUAGUGUCGACUGCGUUUCUGUGUAUCGGUGCAGUCAUAGUCAUGCUGCUUCUUCCGGCUGACAGGGCUGUUCGCGACAACGGCGUGUAUCUUCAGACUCGCAAAUCAACUAUCCCGAUGGGGCUAGAAAUGGCCCUGCAUACACUUGUGAACCCACGACUAUGGCUUCUUGUGCCGCUCAUAUUCACAUUCCCGUACAUCUACGCUGCGUAUGGGAUCCUAAUGCCAAAUAACCUGUCCGG